AUGGAUCCAUACUCUUCAUCAGGUUAUAGCGAACAAAACUACAAUUAUCCGCAAUGUGGGUAUACAACUCAAACGAAUUCUUCCGAGUAUUAUUAUGGAAGUGGACAACCGCCAGCUGUUAAUACCCAAAACAGCAAUAAUAAUACAAGUGCUAGCUUAUCAACACAGCAACCACCUUUACAGCCACAACAACAAGCUCCGGGAUCAUCUUCAGCAGCACCACAACCACAACAGGGUUCUCCGGCCGCCUCACAAGGAUAUUCCUCAAGGAUUGAUAAUUAUGAUUCGACCGGUUAUUCAUCAACAGGCUAUUAUAAUUAUCCACCACCAUCUGCUACAUCUACAAAUUAUCCACCACCACCGCAUGUAGUUGGAGGAUCAAACGCACCACCCGCUUCAUAUAAUCCCAGUAGUAGCGGUGGCUACGGUAACAUUCCACAAACACAAAAUAAACCACCAUAUGAUCAUGUGAAUAACUAUGGUGAAGGCGGCGGGAAUUCCGGGUACAAUGAUAAUAAAAAUCAAUACGGUGGUGAUAGUUUUAGUAAUACCGCUGGCGGUGGGAACGCAUAUAAACCUCGAGAUAACACUAGAGACACUGGUUUUGGUCCGUCACCUAAAGAAAAUGUAUCAUACGAUAAUUAUGGUGGUAAUAGAAGUGCAGGUGAUGACGGCAGCUAUAAAGACUAUAAUGAUGAUUCGGUAGUUCAUAAAAGUACAGAUACAAUAUAUAUAUCAAAUUUAAGUAAAGAUGUUACUGAAGAAAAACUUGCGAAUUUCUUUGGAGGACUCGGCAAAAUUAAAAUAGAUAAGAGAACUCAGAAACCGAAAAUAUGGAUAUAUUAUGAUAAAGUAACGGGGAUACCCAAGGGUGACGCGACACUGACAUAUGAAGAUCCUGAUGCUACUGCAGCUGCAAUUAAUUGGUUCCAUAACAAAGAAUUUCUCGGUCAGUUGAUCAAAGUAGAAAUGUCCGUGCGUAAAUUGGGACCUACUGGUUUUAGAGGUGGAUCUAGUGGCCGUUCCAGAGCAAGAGGGCGCGGUGGUUUUGGAGGAAAAGGUGGAGAUCGUAAUGCUGGCGGCAACCGAGGUGGUCCUCCGCCGCGUGAUGGAGAUUGGGCAUGUGAAUCAUGUAACGCAAAUAAUUUUGCUAGACGAACGGAAUGUUAUAAAUGUCAUACACCACGUAAGGAUGGACCUGCUGAAGAAAGUGGACAUGGAAGCGGUAGACACAAUGGCGGUGGGAAUUCAAGAGGUGGGUAUCGUGCUCGCAGAGGAGGACCCCCUUCAUAUGGUGGUAAUAAUAGUGGUCGCUAUAAUAAUGAAGAUGAUAGAGGAUAUGGAAAUUCAGGUGGCUAUCGCGGUUAUGGAAGACAGAGUAAGCAGGAUGAUCGGCGGGAUAAUUCCCGCUAUCGUCCGUACUGA